UUUCUUAUCAUUGCCUCCAGCUGGUUCUGUGAUGGAGAUGGAUUGAUAUAAAUGGUAGCCCCUGGUGCUGCUGACAGCUCCGUACCACCAACAGAGAUUCCUCUGGUCUUGAGAGGCGGCUGUUGCCUCGACUUGCUGGAUCCUUUCUCUGAGAGAGGGCAGAGUGAAGCUGUGCUCAGAACCAGGCACACUGCACACCAGCUCACACUGUCUCUCUCUCUCUGCCUCUUUCGCUCUCUCUCUCUCUCCCUAUAUUUACUAAUGCUUAAGUAAGGCUUUAUUUUCCGCAUGUCCUUUUGAUAGCAUCCUUUCCUUUUUGGGAGUGAACUUUCAUUCAAUUUUGGAGAAUAAUAAGUGCUGUCUCCAGGCAGUGAAGGAAGGUGCCGGCACACAGAUUUCUCCUGACCUUGUCUAAGCUCUUUAUUCCAAGGAUCAGAGUCACCCCAGACAAUCAGCUCUCAGGUUCACACACACGCUCUGAGAGUCAGAGAGACGGAUGAGCAGGGGAAGGACAGAAAGGGAGACAGAGAGAACGACCUGUUCAGCUGACAGAUGCUGAGAUUGUGACUGCUGCAUCUCAUCCUGCUGUGUGUGUCCAAAGGUGACCAUGAGACCAUCCUGCCUUUUCUCGUUAAUCCUGCUGUUGGGAAUGCUGGGCCUCAUUCUGCUGGUGCAUAUCCAGGACCUAAUGGAGAUAAUCCCACAAGAGGGAACAGGAUCAGGACUUCAGGUAAAUCCAAGACAGACAGGAAAGAAUUGGAGACACUGGGGCUUUAAGGACAUGGACAAGGCCACGACCCCAGAUCGGCCACUCCCUUCGGCCAGCAUUAACGCCUCUGAGGCGGAGCUGCACCAGGGGGCCCUUGACGGACCGGAAGUGGGUUUCCAGCCAAGAGACCCAGAGAGACUUGGGGCGGAGCUCCGCCGCGGAGCCCGAGGCCGCCCGGAGCCCCGCCAGCGCCCUGUCACGGAGCUCCGCCGGGAGGCCUCCGAGCUGAGGCGGAUGAGGGAGGUGCAGCAGGCCCGCAGGAGGCGACUGUCGGAGGCGUGCGCCCGGUCUUGGGCGGAGGAGGCCGGGGCCGGGCCACUGAGCCCCCAGCAGGUGUCGCGGAUCUGGGUAGAGGACCGGUACCGGCUGCUGUACUGUGAGGUACCAAAGGCGGGAUGUUCGAACUGGAAGCGGGUCUUGAUGGUACUGGGGGGCCAGGCCCAGACCACGGCCCAGAUUGAGCACCAGGCCGCACACUACCGUAACUCCCUGCGGCGGCUUGACAGCUUCGACCGGGAGGGUGUCCGCCUCCGGCUCCAGACCUACACCAAGCUGCUGUUCGUCCGGGAGCCACUCGAGCGCCUGGUCUCGGCCUUUCGGGACAAGUUCGAGCGGCCUAACGCCUACUACCAGCCGCUGUUCGGUAGCGCCAUCAUCGCCCGGUACCGGCCUAAUGCCACAGCCCAGGCUGUCCGCACCGGCUCCGGGGUGACGUUCCCAGAGUUUGUCCGUUACCUGUUAGACCCGGCCCGGCCCUUAGGGAUGGACAUUCACUGGGAGCCGGCGAGCCGCCUCUGCAGCCCAUGCCGCAUCCGCUACGACUUCAUCGGCCGCUUCGAGCGCCUGGGGAGCGAGGCCGACGUGGCCCUGCGGCUCCUCGGGGCCCCCCGGAACCUGCGCUUCCCCCGCGGCCGCCCGAGCACCGGGCCCGGCCUGAGCCGCCGCUACCUUUCCCAGCUCAGCCCCGGGGACCGGCUCCGGGCCUUCCACUUCUACCGCAGCGACUACGCCCUGUUCAACUUCCCCCGGCCGGUGGCCGCCCUCCCGGACUAACCCCCCUCCCCCACCGCCCCGGA